AUGAGUAAACGUUCUGCAUCAAAAGAUCCGGUUGGAAAAGUAGCAAAAUUAUUAAAAAAUAUUGAUAAUAAUGUAGAUGACGAUGACGAUAAAGUUAAUGAUGAAGCAUUUAUUCCAAAAGCAGCAUCUCGACGAUUAGAAGACUCAGUUGAUGUUGAAGAUGAUGAUUUAUAUCGAGCGUCGACAACUGGAAUGACGAAUGAAGGUCUGAAAGAUUUUCGUACGGAAAUGGAACUGAAAGUUGAUCAUGAAAAUCGUCCGUUAUGGGUAACACCAGAUGGUCAUAUCUUCCUCGAAUCAUUCUCACCGGUUUAUAAACAUGCUCAUGAUUUUUUAAUUGCUAUUGCUGAGCCUGUAUGUCGACCAGAAUAUAUUCAUGAAUAUAAACUGUCAGCGUAUUCGCUAUAUGCUGCUGUAUCAGUUGGUUUACAAACAAAGGAUAUUAUUGAAUAUUUACAACGACUUAGUAAAACAACAGUACCAGAAGAUAUUCUUAAAUUUAUUGAAUUAUGUACAUUGAGUUACGCUAAAGUAAAAUUAGUAUUGAAACAUAAUCGAUAUUUUGUUGAAAGUGCUUAUCCUGAAAUUUUAAAAACUCUUCUCCAAGAUUCACAAAUUCAAGAAUGUCGACUGGUCACAACGGGAACUGGUCUUGAUUCAAAUACAAUAGCAGAGAAAGCUCGACUUGUGAUUCCGGGAGUAGCUGCAGCAGCUGCAACUACGGAUACACCGGCGACAACAAGCGAACAAGUACCUGAUGAUAUUCGACGUUUAUAUGAAAAAAUCGACCGUGACGAAGAAGAUAUGGAAGAUUUGAAAAUUGUUUCAUUUGAAGUUAUUCAAAAUACAAUUGAACUUCUAAGAAAACGAUGCCAAGAAUUAGAACAUCCAUUACUUGAAGAAUAUGAUUUUCGUCAUGAUACUGUUUUAAAAAAUUUGAAUAUUGAGCUUCGACCUAACGCUAUUUUACGUCCUUAUCAAGAAAAAAGCUUAAGAAAAAUGUUUGGCAACGGACGCGCACGAUCCGGUUUGAUUGUUCUUCCAUGCGGUGCCGGAAAAUCUUUAGUUGGUGUUACAGCUGCUUGUACAAUAAAUAAAAGUUGUUUAGUACUUUGUAAUUCGAAUGUUUCUGUUCAACAAUGGAAACAACAAUUCAAGAUGUGGUCAACAGCGGAUGAUUCAAAAGUGCGAUUAUUUACAUCGGAUGACAAAGAAAAACCAAACGAUUCAUGUGUAUGCAUAAGUACUUAUCCGAUGAUUGCACGUACUGAGCGAUGUAAUGCUGAAACAACAGAAGUUAUGAAACUACUCAAAGAUCGUGAAUGGGGUUUAAUGAUUCUUGAUGAAGUUCAUACAAUACCUGCUGAACGAUUUCGCAAAGUUUUAACUAUCGUUCGUGCACAUACAAAAUUAGGUCUUACAGCAACAUUAGUUCGCGAAGAUGAUAAAAUAACUGAUUUGAAUUUCUUAAUCGGCCCUAAAUUAUACGAAGCCAAUUGGAUGGAACUACAAAAUCUAGGUCAUAUUGCCAAAGUUCAAUGUGCUGAAGUUUGGUGUCAAAUGACGCCGGACUUCUUUCAAGAAUAUGUAUCAGUAACAAACGACAAACAUCGACGUUUACUUUUAUGUGUUAUGAAUCCAAAUAAAUUUCGUGCUUGCCAAUUUUUAAUACGCUACCAUGAAAGACGAAAUGAUAAAAUUAUUGUCUUCUCUGAUAGUAUGUUUGCAUUAGAACGAUAUGCAAAAAAAUUAGACAAACCAUAUAUUUGCGGUAAAACAUCACAAAGUGAACGUAUUCAAAUUCUACAAAACUUCCAACAUAAUCCAAGAAUAAACACGAUUUUCGUGUCAAAAGUGGCUGAUACAUCAUUUGAUUUGCCUGAUGCAAAUGUAUUAAUACAAAUCUCAAGUCAUGGCGGAUCUCGCCGACAAGAAGCACAGCGACUCGGUCGAAUUUUACGAGCUAAAAAAGGCACUAUUGUUGAGGAAUAUAAUGCAUUCUUCUAUUCGCUUGUUUCUCAAGAUACUGUUGAAAUGUAUUAUUCAGCUAAACGACAAAGUUUUCUUAUCAAUCAAGGUUAUUCAUACAAAGUUAUUACGCGAUUAGUUAAUGAAGACGAAAAUUUAUUUUUUUCAACCCGAGACGAACAACGUCAAUUACUUGAACGAGUUCUUCAAGCAACAGAUCGUGGUGAAGAUAAAGAUGAAGAAUCUACAGGACAAGUUGCAGUGUCAUCGACAUCUGUCGAUCGACGCGUUGGCACAAUGAAUUCCUUGUCAGGUGCUGACGAAACAACAUAUAUGGAAAUUAAAAAGAAGCCAGCUGGGCAUGGUUCAGCUCGAUUCGCCAAACCCAAACAUGAGUUGUUUAGAAAAUAUCGAAAAUAA